AUGGAUCAGAGCCUUCAAACCCUAGGGCCCUCCUCCAUCCAGCCGGCCCUACAACGGAGUCCACGGCACGUGAGACACAAUCGCCGGUACCGUGUACAUGCUGUUUGGACCGUCCAGGUGGAGAGCAAGCAAGAAACGCCCACGGCUGAACCACUUUUCGGUGAGAAUGACGAGGGGUGGAGUGAGCCGCGAGUGUCGACGCGCACCAUGACACGUACCCAGAGACCUGGACAAUCGGAGACGAUGACACGGUUACACGGAGGCGCGCCGCGUGGUGACUGGAGGCGAGCACUAGAGCAAGGCCGGCGGGACGUGGCCCAAGCCGCGAGAUGCUAUGUAUGCGGACACCUGGGCGGAAAUAGGGGAUUCUGGGCAGAGGCUGAAGAAAGACAGUGCUCAGAUGAUGGCACUUUUCCAUGUCUCGUUAAAGCGGUAGGCGCGUCAUGA